CAGCGCCCCAUGCAGGCCACAGGUCGAAUUUAAAUACAUGCGAGUAUCCAGGGCCAUUCCGUCCGACUACUUUUGCUUCUUAGAAAGUUGCUUCUUUUUUAAACCUUCCUUUCUUCCUCCUUUCUUGCUUCUAGUACAUAUUUCUUUUGAAUAUCAUGGAGUCCGAUGGACGCGCUAGGACUUGCAGCACCAGCGAUGAGGAAAAGGUUAUUGCUUCUGCGCCAAUCAGCUCUACCCUUCCUGAGGACCCCGAUGCCAACCUCUCAGACGCAGAGCGCAAAGCUAUCGACCGAAGACUUGUCUGGAAGUUGGACUUGUAUUUGAUGCCUUGGGUACGUCCACAAUAACAAUUUCUUUUCUCAAUCCAAGUACUGAUUUUACAAUAGCUCUGUGUCCUUUACCUCCUUGCCUUUUUGGACAGAACGAACAUUGGCAAUGCGAAGAUCGAUGGCCUGCAGAAGGACUUGAAUAACAUGUCAACUGGACGGUACAAUUUAUCUCUUUCCGUGUUCUUCAUCUCCUACUCGGUUUUCGAACCAUUAACAAACGUUCUCUUGAAACGCCUCAAGCCAUCAAUCUUCAUUCCAAUUAUCAUGUACGUCGACCCUCCUUUCUUAGCAUAUUCUGUUUCCUAAUGUAUUUCAGGACUAUAUGGGGUGUCGCCAUGUUGUCAAUGGGGUAUAUUAAAAAUUGGUCUGGCUUGAUGGCUACUCGUUGGUUUCUGGGCAUGGCUGAAUCUGGUCUAUACCCUGGUGUAAACUACUUCCUCUCAUGCUGGUACAAGCGCGAUGAGUUUGGUGUUCGUGCAGUAAGUUGAUGAUCUCUUGCUUUUACACAGCUGACUUUUUAGGCAAUUUUCUUUUCCGCCGCCGCUUUUGCCGGGUCCUUCGGAGGUCUCCUUGCUGCCGCAAUUACCAAACUGGAUGGUCUAGGAGGACGACCGGGCUGGGCAUGGAUCUUCAUCAUUGAAGGUGCUAUCACAAUUGGGUUCGGCCUAUUAUCAUUUAUUUUUGUUCAUGACUUCCCUGAUACCGCUGCCUUCCUUUCGGAGCAAGAUCGUGCCCGAGUUAUUCGCAGACUCAAGGUCGACAAACAAUCUAGUGCUGAGCACGAGGAAUUCAGGAUGGAAUACUUCUGGGCCGCCAUCAAGGAUUAUAAGAUGUGGUUGGGAAUGCUAACAUAUUCUGGAAGUGCCAUGGCCCUAUAUUCGUUCUCUCUCUUCUUACCAACCAUUGUCGCUGAGAUGGGUUACAAGGCAACUCGUGCACAAUUACUUUCGGUACCCCCGUACGCCUCCGCUGCAUUCCUAACAAUUAUUGUUGGUCUCGCGGCCGAUCGUACCAAACGCCGCGGAAUCUUCAACAUUUGUACCUCGAUUUUCGGUGUUGUCGGAUUUGCCAUGCUACUUGGAUCGCAAAGCCCUCAUGUCAAGUAUGCAGGUAUUUUCUUGGGUGCUCUCGGUAUCUAUCCAUGUAUCUCCAACACUAUUUCAUGGGUUAGCAACAAUGCUGAGGGUGUCUAUAAGCGUGGUAUCGUUCUUGGAUUCGUCAUUGGAUGGGGCAAUCUCAAUGGUAUCGUCAGCAGUAACAUCUACUACAAGGCACCAAAAUUUACGGUCGGCCAUGCAACCGUCAUGGCUUAUAUGAUUGUCUUCCUAUUUGGUGGAAGUGUUGCGAUGCACUUGUUGUUACGCAGGGAAAAUGCAGCUAGAUUGGCUGGAAAGAGAGACCAUUUGGUUGCAGGGUUGUCGGAGAAGGAAGUCGAGAUGUUGGGUGACAAUCGUCCUGACUUCUUGUACACCAUCUAAAAGUUGAUACCUGGAUGCAGAUGUUGCGGUAAAGAUAUUAAAAGGUCAAUCUGUUGUUGGUUUCUGUUUAUUUUUGUACUACGUGCCUCCGCAGUAAAGGUUUUAGAUUUAAGUUUAUUAUGCAUCAUUGAUACCACACACGGUUAUGCAAGUAACUGUUAUGUCAUUUAUUAAUCUCUUUUGCAGGACCAUUCAAGCCGUUCAUCCCAGCCAUCAAACCGAUUCAAACAAGCCCGAAUAUAACAUACUUUCACUCAGCGGCGAAAGUUCACACUGAAGCAAUAUCCUGAUUAGCCUAAUAAUUUUGUACAAGCAAGCAAGUACGGCAACACCCAAAAUGUUACGGAGUAAGCAAGCUUUUUCAGCCGAGUGCUCUGUGGAACAAUUACACCACGUCAUGACACCCACAUUAAGUGCAUUAGCUUGAUUCUUCCU